CCACUCUGACGGCACAGUGGGGAGGAAGAACUCAGCAAGAAACGGCAGUAGGGAGAGAGAGCAGCGGCAGCAAGAAGACAGAGAGAGCAGGCGGAGAGGAGGGAGAUCUGCCGCCGGGGAGGAGGCCAUGGGGUGCGCGGCGUCCAAGGUGGAGCAGGAGGACACGGUGCGGCGCUGCAAGGAGCGGCGCCGGAACAUCAAGGACGCCGUCGCCGCGCGCCAGCAGCUCGCCUCCGCGCACGCCGACUACCUCCGCUCCCUGCGCCUCACGGCCGCCGCGCUCUCCCGCUUCGCGCAGGGCCACCCCUCCCUCGCCGUCUCCCACAACACCGCGCCCGUCCUCCUCACCACCGCCGCGCCGCCGGCCCUGCACGCGCCCACGCCGCCACCCGCCGCCUCCUCCUCCGUCGCCUCGUCGUCUCUCCCACCCCCCACGCCGCUCCCUCGCCACCACCAGGCGCCGCCGCCGCCGCAGCACCAUCAGACGCAGCCUCCGCCGGCCCCUGCCGCGGUCAGGCUCGACCGGGAUCCGAGGAUGCGGCGCCUCAAGGUCCCCCACAUCCUCUCCGACUCGAGCGUCGCGAGCCCGGCGCAGUCCUCCUUCCGGAAGCCGCCGGUGGCGGGGACCCCGUCCUCGUCGUCGGCCUGGGACUGGGAGAACUUCUACCCGCCGUCCCCGCCCGACUCCGAGUUCUUCGACCGCCGCAAGACCGACCUCGAGGAGGCCACCCGCCUCCGCGAGCUCGACGAGGAGGCCAAGGCGCGGGGCUACCUCCACGACCACCUCAAAGAAGAGGACGACGAGGCCGACGACGACGAGGAGAGGGAAGAGGACGCGCAUUGCGGCGGGUGGGAGGACGAGGAGGACCACUACGCGUCCACCACCACGUCCGAGACCAGAUCGGACGGGGACGAGCUGGGGAACAGAUCGGAGUGCGGCUUCGCCGCCAGAUCGGAGUACGGCGGCACCGCGCCGUCCGAGUACGCCGCCAUGGCCAUGCCGAUGCAGCUCAGGAGGGCCGACCGGUCCGAGGCCGGGGACUCCUCCUCCACCGUCACCGCCGCCACCGAGAUGCGGAUGGUCGUGCGCCACCGCACGCUCGCCGAGAUCGUCGCCGCCAUCGAGGAGUACUUCGUCAAGGCGGCAGACGCAGGGGACGGCGUGUCAGAGCUCCUCGAGGCCAGCCGCGCCCAGCUAGACCGCAACUUCCGCCAGCUCAAAAAGACGGUGUACCACUCGAACAGCAUGCUAUCAGCACUGUCGUCAACCUGGACGUCAAAGCCGCCAUUGGCUGUGCGCUACAAGAUGGACGCUCAUGAGAUGGACUCAAUGGAAGGGAAGAGCCAUGGGUCAACACUGGAGCGACUUCUGGCCUGGGAAAAGAAGCUGUAUGAGGAGGUCAAGGCUAGAGAGAGCGUGAAGAUUGAGCAUCAGAAGAAGCUUUCUACUCUGCAAGGCUUGGAAUACAGAGGGAGGGAUAGUGCCAAGCUGGACAAGACCAAGGUUUCCAUCAACAAGCUGCAAUCCCUGAUAGUUGUUACAUCAGAAGCUGCCACUACCACAUCCUCAGCCAUCGUCAGAGUCCGUGACAACGAGCUUGCACCACAGCUUGUCGAGCUUUGUUUUGCGUUGUUGAGCAUGUGGAGAUCAAUGAACUACUUCCAUGAAACCCAGAACGAGAUUGUUAAACAAGUGCGUGGUCUGGUGGACAACUCCAUGGCUGAGUCAACGUCUGACCUUCACAGGCUUGCAACCCGUGAUCUUGAGGCCGCUGUCUCAGCGUGGCACUCGAACUUCAACCGACUCAUCAAAUACCAACGCGACUACAUCCGUUCACUCUAUGGCUGGCUGAAGCUCACACUCUUCCAGGUAGACAGCAUCGCCCCACAAGGAGGUCAGGCGACGCUGAUCUCACGCGAGCUCACCACCUUCUGUGACGAGUGGAAGCAAGCACUGGACCGGCUUCCGGACGCGGUCGCGUCAGAGGCUAUCAAGAGCUUCGUGAACGUCGUCCACGUCAUCUACACGAAGCAGGCAGAAGAGAUGAAGAUCAAGAAGCGGACCGAGACAUACUCGAAGGAGCUGGAGAAGAAGACCAACUCGCUCAGGGCCAUCGAGAAGAAAUACUACCAGUCGUACUCGAUCGUGGGGCUCGGCCUUCCGGGCAGCGGGCGCGACGGCAUGGACGGUCACAGCUUCGACGCCCGCGACCCUCUUAACGAGAAGAAGACCGAGAUCGCCCAGUGCCGCCGGAAGGUGGAGGAUGAGAUAUCGAGGCAUGCCAAGGCCGUCGAGGUGACCAGGUCGAUGACGCUGAACAACAUCCAGACCGGCCUGCCAGGAAUGUUCCAAGCCAUCGCUGGUUUCUCGGGCACGGUUGCUGAGGCCCUCGACGGUGUCUGCCGGCGAGCUGGAUCAGUGCGGUAGAAUCUCGUCCCCAUCGGAGUUACCAAGAGAUAUGUUUCUUAUCUCUCUCUUUGGGUGGUCCGGUAAUCUAUAUAGGAAAAAAUGCAACAUAUAUAUGUAGUUAAAAAAUUAGGGAUGAAAUAUGGGGAGAAGGGCUCCCUGGCUGUUCUUGCCUUUGUUUGGGGAUUGAUCAUUUUGGUUGUAGAUAAUGAUUUUGCCCAGGAUUGUUCAUGUUCUUUCUUCCCUUUGCGGGGAGU